ACUUUAAGCUGUCAAUGUACACAUGUUUUCGAUUAAGAAAAAACACGAGCUGUAGAUGUGCAGCUAGAUAUAGAAAGUCAAUACUCGUACUGACACCGUGUUCUCCGACAAACGAGUAUUUUAACGUGGAAUUUAACUAGAUCAGCAAGCAUCGAAAUUCCUGACUGAAACAAAUUCCAUACAAUCAUGGCAUCACCAGAUACGGAGAGCGAGUGUACAGACACUGAGAGCGAACGAGGUUCUGACGACCAAGAUGCAAGCGCCGAGAUCAUGAAAUUAGACGAGUUCAAAUCGGAGCUGAUCGAAAUUAACCGACGCUUCGAAGUUCUUGCGUUUCAUUUUGAGUAUAAAAAAGCCGAGCACAAACACAUUGUCGCGCUUAAGGAUGAGAAAAUCGAAAAAUUAGAACAAGAGUUGGAGCGAAAGGCUCAGACAACGCCUGAAAUGAAUAAUGACAUUCAGAUUCUUAAAUCGAGCAUUUUUCAACUAAAUGAAACGGUAGAGAAAUUAGAGAAAGAAAAGGCGACUCUGUUUUCUGCCUCAAAAAGUAAAGAUGUAGAAAUUAAGAACAUGAGAGACAGAUUGAGCCAAGUGCAUAAAGAACUACACGCAACAAAACAACGUCUUAUUGCGAAAACUGAAGAAGUUCUCUCGCAUAAGGAAGACAAAGACAAAUUAGAAAGACAACUAGAUGAAAACAGUCGACUUAUGGCCGAAAACGUGAAAGUGCUGAAAAAGAUGCAAGAGCAAAUGAAACUUGACCGAACUAGUGCCAAGCGCGAAAUGAGACAAAUGGAGGACAGGAUAGUCAAACAAAUAGAGGACGUUCGUGAAAACAGGGAUUCCUCCCCGCCUAAAGCCGGCAAAACAUUACAAGAAAUUAAAUUGGAUUCGGGCCAUGUAUUUGGUCCAGGCAAUAGGGGUACAAGCACAAAUCGACAACGUUCGACUGUGAAAUUCCCACCUCUUUCCGACAGGACCACCCCCAGAUAAACGGAACAAAAUCUUGUACUUACAACAUUGUACUGUUACACUGAAUCAGUUGAUAUUGAUGGUCUGUAGUGUAAGCUGCGUCAUGAGAUGGUCUGUAUAGAACAUACUUGUUAGCGCUUUGAAGCAAGCUAUAUAACAACUUAAAAUAUGUGUAACGUAGUACCUGUUGAUUUUCACUUUAAUAAAAGCAAAGUUUGUUCGGCUUGCAUCAAGUUAUUUGAUAUGCAAAUUUAGAAAUCCGACUUCGUUGAAAUGAUUAACCCAUUUAUGCCCAGUGGACUCUCCCAUCCUUCUAAAUUGGAUCAAUUUAUUUCUGAAAUUAGGGAUGUCUGGUAUAUUUUUUUCUAUAUUUAGAAUAUUUCUUACAGAAAGUCCUUUAAGCAAACAGCGCAGACCCAAAUGAGACGCCGCAUUAUGCGGCGUCUCAUCUGGGUCUACGCUGUUUGCAAUGUCCUUUUUUCAGGACGCUAGGCAUAACUGGGUUAAUAUUUUUACUAUAGAGAAUAUGCCAGUGUUUAAGACGUUUGAGCGAUAUAGAAAAUAUUUCUAGGCACACACCUUUUAUAAACAUCAAACUGCACGAGUAUUGUAUAAUGUCCAUGAAUAAAUACGUUGUGCUUA